AUGACCAUGGCCCAGGCUGGAGCUGUAGUUGCCGCUGCCACAGGACUCCUCGUCUUCUUCCUGUACUCCUCCAUCCACAAAGUUGAGGAGGGGCACCUGGCUGUGUAUUACAGGGGUGGUGCGUUGUUAACUAGUCCAAGUGGACCAGGCUACCACAUCAUGUUCCCGUUCAUUACUACGUUCAAAUCUGUGCAGACCACGUUGCAGACUGAUGAAGUGAAAAAUGUGCCUUGUGGGACAAGUGGUGGUGUUAUGAUCUACAUUGACCGAAUAGAAGUUGUGAAUAAAUUGGCGCCAUAUGCAGUGUACGAUAUUGUGAGAAACUACACUGCAGACUACGAUAAGACCUUGAUCUUCAAUAAAAUUCAUCAUGAGCUGAACCAGUUCUGCAGUGCCCAUACCUUGCAGGAAGUAUACAUUGAGCUGUUCGAUCAGAUAGAUGAGAAUCUGAAGCUGGCCCUGCAGAAAGAUCUCAAUGUCAUGGCACCAGGUCUUACUAUCCAGGCUGUGCGUGUUACAAAACCCAAAAUCCCAGAAGCCAUCCGAAGAAAUUUUGAGCUAAUGGAGGCUGAGAAGACAAAGUUGCUGAUUGCAGCCCAGAAGCAGAAGGUAGUAGAGAAGGAGGCAGAGACAGACCGGAAGAAAGCGCUCAUUGAGGCAGAGAAAGCUGCUCAGGUGGCCAGGAUUCACUAUCAACAGAAGAUUAUGGAGAAGGAAACAGAGAAGCGAAUUUCUGAGAUUGAAGAUGCUGCGUUCCUAGCAAGAGAGAAAGCAAAAGCUGAUGCAGAAUACUACACUGCUCAGAAGCUGGCCGAUUCCAACAAGCUGAAACUUACCCCUGAGUAUCUGGAACUAAUGAAAUAUCAAGCAAUAGCUGCAAACAGCAAGCUAUAUUUUGGUGACCGCAUCCCCAGCGUGUUUCUGGAUACCUGUGCCUUCCAACAAGCCAAGACUGCCCAAGAACCAGCCUUCCUUCACAGGAGGCUCCAGAGACCUCUGGAGAAAGCCACCUCAGAGCAAAGGAAAGCACUGGCUGACAGAGGUAGAAAGAUACCUGAUAUAGCUCAACAGCUAGCCCAGCUGUGAAUGGGGAUGUUGCCCUGUGCUGAUGGGGCGGAUGCAGCACAUACGUGGACAUCUUGUGUAUAGGUGGCAGUUGGGUUGAUUUUCUUCUAGCAACACAUUGCAAGUGCUCUGCCUCUUCCGUUUCUUCCCCUAUUAAAUUGGUGCUUCCAAAUAAGGGAUAAUCCUGUACUAACAUACCUAUACUGGAAUAUUAAAAGACAAGACACCAGGAAAGCC